CACAAGCAAAUACUUUCCUCUUUUUUGAAAGGGAAUUGUCAACUGGCGGUUGAUGGUUGCUGUCUUGGUUGUGUACACAGACAUCGCUUCAUCUACACAGCCACUGGCACAAGAGCGGUUAGGACUAGACAGCAAGCCAUGGACUACAAGGUCCUUAAGUGGCAGUCAUACCUGCUUGUCGCGGCCAUGGUUGGUGUCGCAGAAGUGAGUGCAUCUAUGACGCAAGGCAAGUGGCGCUACAGGACGGACAGCGACGGUGACAUGCACGGAGGAGUACCAAUGGGUAUCCCAAAUGACAAAUGUGACAAUGCCAAGGAUCAUCUUGAAGUUGACUGGAACAAUAUGACACAGGACUACCAAUGUCUGGGAUCAAUAUACACGAACGAAAAGAAUCCAGCAACUAUUCCAGCUGCACAGUGCACCACUCUUCUGGACCCACCGAUUCACGUGUGCCUACCGGAACCCAUCGCCUACCGCGACCCCAUCCCAACGUCGGGAGCUCACCGCCCACUGUGGGCCAAGUUCGGCGAGUACAGGUACCUCCCCAAGCAACGAUGGCUGCACAACCUGGAGCACGGCUGCGCGGUGUUCUUGUACCACCCAUGCGCGGAUCCCGAACAGGUGGACGAGGUGAGAGCCAUCGCUAAUGUCUGCCUGCGGAAACACAUCAUCACACCCAUGAAGGAACUGUCCAGAGAAACGCCAUUUGCAGUACUGACCUACGGUUGUAAACUGCUCCUGCCAUAUGUUGAUGCUGACCUCAUCGUGGACUUUCUCCGGGAGCACGCCCUAGACGCCCCCGAGUCCUCGGUGACGAGUGAUGGACAAUUUGGGGUAGGAUUGGAGAGACCAGCCGCUCGCUUGGAGGAUGACAAACCCGGGAGCAUCUGCUUAGAUUAUUUCCGCCAGCUAGAGGAGGUUCUGUUGGAUGGAUUGCCAAUUCUGUGGAAAGGCUAGCUGACGUGUUAAAAGUGUGAAAGAUGUGUUUACAAUGGAAACGUACUUCACCCCCCCCAAAAAAAAGGAUUUGAAGAAAAUAUACAAAGUGAUACACUGCGCAGGGGCGGAUGGGGGGGGGCAUGGGGCAGACACAUUUUUUUCACCAAAAAAUAAACGAAUAAAUAAAAAAAAAAGAAAAGGGGGGGGGGAAGGCGAAGAAAAAGAGGACCCAGACUGCCUGAAAGUGCACCACAGAGGGCCUAGAAUCCCUGAGCCCCGGCCCCAUGCGGUAAUGUCUACAUGCUACACACUCCUGGGCAUUUAUCAUACCUGCUCUAGUUCAAACCCCCACCACACACUUUUGGAAAAUCAUGGAUCACGCCUCCUCCUUGGAAUAUCCUGGAUCUGCACCUGAAUAGCAAACUUCAUUUGCUAGUUUUGGGUCUAUUGAAUUUCUUUGAAUUUUUCCGGGUGGGGGUUGUUUACGCCCGUAAUAACUUCACCAUAAUUAGCAUUGCCUACAAAAGUGUCUCGGGGCCUGUAAAAAAUAAAGUCUUAUAAAAAGAAAACGUAGCUCUCUUAUCCACAGGCAGCAAUGAUGCCAAAUCCAAAUGAUAUACUUAAGGGAACCAUCACGCAAUGGUAACACUCAUAUGAUGUAUAAUAUAUCUGUAGAAUUUGUGCAAAUAGGUCUGCUGUUAUGUACAUUGGCAAGCAUAGUUUUGUGCAGCCUUGAGUCCUAUGAGACAUCUGUCCAUAAUGUGCACUCACCAUUUUCAAGAAGUGAGCAUAAACUGCACAUGCUAAUGUUGUAAUGCUUUUGUUGUUUUCAAACAUUCCAACACGAGCCCAUGGAGUUAAUCAUUUUGUGACAACUGAGAUAUGAAACUCGGACACAUUUCAACUUAGUACAUAAAGGUAAUGGGGACUGCCACACUCUAAAAUGAACAGAAUGUGAAAAGAUUCCUUAAUCCUUGGAACUUCACACAUGAUAAACGUGAUGGUACAUGAUUUGUUGCCUUCAAAAUCCUUGUCUCUUUCAGUACACUCCUACACAGAGAUGUGGCAAAAGAAAAUUUAGGGGACAGGUGAAGUUUA